CCGCCCCGGCCCUGCUCUCGCGAGAUGGGCGGUGCGCGGCGCGACAUCCGGGAGCGGCGCGGCAAGAUGGCGGUGGAGUCGCGGGUGACGCAGGAGGAGAUCAAGAAGGAGCCGGAGAAGCCGAUCGACCGCGAGAAGACGUGCCCGCUGCUGCUUCGCGUCUUCACUACCAACAAUGGGCGGCACCACCGCAUGGACGAGUUCUCCCGCGGCAAUGUGCCUUCCAGCGAGCUGCAGAUCUACACCUGGAUGGAUGCAACUCUGAAGGAGCUGACCAGCUUAGUGAAAGAAGUUUAUCCAGAAGCACGGAAGAAGGGCACACAUUUCAACUUCGCAAUUGUUUUUACAGAUCUCAAGAGGCCUGGCUAUAGGGUGAAGGAGAUUGGCAGCACCAUGUCGGGCAGGAAGGGCACAGAUGAUUCCAUGACAUUGCAGUCUCAGAAAUUCCAGAUAGGAGACUACUUGGAUAUAGCAAUUACUCCUCCAAAUCGUGCACCACCCCCCUCAAGCCGCAUGAGACCUUAUUGAAGUCUUGCUUCUCUUUGUAUGAUUACAUAUUCUGUUUACUCCUACUUGCUGUUCUAAAGCAGGCUUAUUUUUUUGCUUUUGUUGCUAAGCACCUGAAGACAAAGCUGAGUAUUGUAGAAGAAAGUUAACUCUUAAACAUUAACUUUAGUUUGUUUAGAAGAAACCCCUUCAGCAGCGCCAUAAUCCUAUCCCCGAUUGUUAUAGUUUGAUGGUAAGUUAGUGUGUCCAGUUUUUAAAGGCUUCUGUGAAAUAUGACCAAGAGGGUUACGGUGUUCUGUAGUUCUGUCUUGUUUGGAAUAAAAACUGAUGUUAUUAAUCUUU